CGUGAACUUUGUAUUCAGAUUGUGUGGAGAUUAACUCGUUGUCAUAUGUUAUCGGCCUUGUUUCAAGUGUCUUGUCGUCAGCGUCUGCCUUUUGUAGUUCCCUCGACUUUCUGCGGGAUCGUUGUGUGGUUCUUGGGCCGAACUUUCAUCAAAAUCAAGUUCCCGUAAAUUAUACGCGUCCCAUUUUUCAAAACAAACUAAUAUUGAAUGCGUUGACCGAGAGCUCGACAAGAUUGGAACCAUAGAACAUUUCUUCAAAAACCUUACUUUGAACUUUUUAUAUUAUGUUUUGACGUAUAACUUUAAAACAUUUUUCGGUGAUAUAGACAUUUUUGUUUUCAACGUAAAAUGGUGCGGUGGUAGUUUAACGUAAAUUGGUAAUUUCAUUCAUUUGACGACGUUACGAAAUGCACUCGCGUGAUCUGUGAUCGAUGGUAUUGAGCGUCUUAUCUUGCUUCUUAGAAUAUAGACGCGUUAUCAAUGUUUUUAUUUUUCUUUCGCAUCAAAAUCCACACGAAAAUAACCUCAGUACAAUGUUUACCGUUCAAUUAGCUCAGUGCGAUUUUGUGAAGUUGACCGCGCUUUUCGGCUACUCCAUCGUCAUUUGCGUAGGAGCGUAACUUGGUGUUGCGUAUAAAUCUGAUUUAGUGAAAUAAACAUUUGCUUUUCAAGUUUCUGGGAAAAUCUUUGGUGCAAGUAGUGGAAAAUGCCGUCCUUGUCCCGCGAAUCGCCCGAAAUGGGCAGCAUAGCGUACUAUCACACUGCAUAUGCUUACGACUCUUUCAAUGGAUUACAAAAAUUUGGAAAAAUGCAUGGAGCACGCCGAGUGGCUGUUUUCUGCUUGCUGACAGCAGUUUUACCUACAAUUCUUCUCAUAAUUCCAUUAUACCUGAGGCAUAGUGUAUUUAUGGAUGUUGUCUAUUCUGUGGCUGAGUCAGAUGUCCUUGAAAUAGUAGAAGGAAUAUCAACUAUUUUCUGCCAGGGUCAAACAUUGAAAAUGAACUCAUCAUUUAGUGCUUUUCAAAUAAAGGGUUCUCCAGAACCUCAAACAGAUAUCAGGAAACAUAUCCGUCUGAAAAAGAGUAUGUCCUUACCUGAUGACACUUUGGAAUAUUGGGGCUUUUACCUUCCCAAUGGCUCUACAGUUUCAUUAUCUGUCUGCUCUAGGUAUGAUGGGUCUAGGAUCUUAGUUGUGAAAGGUGAGAAGAAUUUGAAGACUUGCGGUUUGUUGAAUCACCCCAUGAGGAAACCUCCCAGUAUGGCCACAGGUCAAGGUCAGGUAACAGUCACUUUUGAAACCAAUGCACAAGUAAUUCUGUCCGACAAUGACAUAGAUCCACCUCAAAAUGGAACGGAUGAAAGAGAUUUUGAGGGUGAGGACUUAUCAGAUUACAAUAUGGAAGAAGAGAAAAGGAAAGAGAUAGAAGAGAUCCGAAACAAAAACAUAAAGAUUUUGUCAAAUCAAGAAAAAAAGGUGGCUGAUAAUAAAAAUUUAAUCGAGAGUGACAGCAAAAGCAAGGCUGAUGUAAGUCCGAAACUACAUAGACGUAGGAGGCAUGAGAAAACCAAGAGCAAGCAUGAGAUCGAGAAAGAAUUGCUAGCAAAGUUACUGAACGAAGAUGAAAGUGAAAGAGUAACUUCUCCCAAGCGAAAGAGGUUUGCCAAAGCUGCCCAGCAGUCGCAUCGUUUUGAUGGUGGUUUAGUGCAUGGAGGUAAUGCUCUAACUUACAAUACCUCUGCUCAUGAUUCCUCUUUCUCAAGUUUCGAGUAUGGCUUAUACACUUGUUACGAUGGCAAUAUCCUUCUCACUCAAGGAUUUCCUCCUUCAAAGCUUUGCACAAGUGUUGAAUUUUUUGAAAUGCAAAAGCACAUGAAAACCGUGCAUGAUGUUGUGUCUGACGGGUAUUAUUACUACAUAUUUUACAGUGACAAUGAUUUUCAACUGAAUGAUAUCCAUGCUGUUUUCGAUAUAUAUAAGCCAACAUAUAUGUACGGUAAUUACUCCCAUGGCUGUAUAAAUAAAACAGAGUGUUAUUUUCCAAUUAAUUUCUUAUCUGAUGAGACUGUUGUAGUUGAAGUACCUACUAGAGAUGGUAUUGAACAUGAAGGAGAUGAUAUAACAUUGCUGACAUCAACGUGUCAUCCACGUGUGACAGUCUAUAUGUUGUUCCCCAUUUCCAUUCUGUUCCUAAUUCUAAGUUGCGCCUUUCUGUGAAACGUGUGAUAAGUAACCGAUAAAGCUGUGAUAUUUUUCAAAUCAAACUUAGUAUUUGAAUACUUUAAUUUUUAUUUGGUUUUGGGUAUUUUACUCUAAAGUAAAGCGAACAAAGAAUUGAAUGGAUGAAGCUUUGAAAUCGGACCAAGUUGUAAACGUUCUACAUUAUGAACCGGUUUCCUCCGUAUAUGAUACAAAUCUUGGAGUGGUUGAAAUAUUUUUAAAUGUUAAUCAUUUCCAAAAACUGCUAAUCAAUGCAGCUGACAGAGGUGUAAUAAUAUGCUUAGUAUUGUCCCCUCUAUUGUUUGAAUGAUAAUAAUGAGAAUGAGGAUGGAGAGUCCACUCAGUGCUAAAAUCCAAUAAUCGAAAAUUAUUAACCCAACUAAUUCUAUACAUUUCCAAGCGGAAAGAAUUAAAAAUUUGAAUGUUCUUGCUCCUCAUCCUAUAAUUUUUAUUUCAGCAUUUGACCAUCUUCAGUGAUUAGGUUCACCGGAAUUUUACUCAGUGUUGGAAAUAUGUAUGAUAUUCCUCUCAUUGCAAUAAAAAUGAAGUUACUAACAUUUUAGCCCCUUAGGAAAGUUUAAAAUGUUGCGACCUAAUCAAGCAGUGUGGCAUUUAAUGUGGGAAUGUUCGAAUUUUUUUCAGCUCUUAUUGGUGAUGCAAAGUCAGUUUUUAAGGUUAACCAUGAACAUGAGGACUAAGAUCUUGAGACCAACAUUGUCUUAUCAUUGCUAAAUAUGAAUCCUAGGAUGUUUUUAUCACAGUUCGUUCCCACUAUAAAUCGCAAGUUUACUAAAUAGUGGACUUUUUUUGGCCUUUAAAAAUGGAACCAAGCUAGUUUAUUUUGGAUUGAAGACUACUCGUAAAUGGAUUUUUUUAAAUUUUUUUUCUAGCGAUACAAUUGCUUUUAACAGAGCAACUAUUUUCUGACUAAGGCAUGACAAUCUUUGAGAUAAGAUGCUCUCUUUCUUUGUAGCUGCAAUUGAAAUGUGAGUUUUGCGACUUUCACCAUUGAAAUAAGACCGUCAAACUCGAAAAGCUGAUGUGGGUUUUUCAAGUGGUUGGUUUCUGUGAUCAGCUGGACAAUGAUUGUCUUUGCUUUUACUUUUUCAUCAAUAAUUGCACCAUUACUUGCGACCUUUCCCUACUAGCAAAAAUUUGUCUAACCCUUAACUAGGAUAGUUUUCUGUCUACUAAACCUAAAUUCUAAUAAUAAACAAAAUCCAAUACUGUUGCUGUGGAAUAGAAGCUGACACUGUAAAAGUUCAGUUCCAGGUUGCAGCUAGAUUUUUUUUUUUUUUCCUGCAUUUGUAACUAAUAUUUAUUUAUACCACAAAUAUUCUUUAAAAACCAUUUUUCUUCUCAUUUUUCAUGAUGUGUAAAAUUUAAAGGACCUAUGGUUGAAGAUUCAGUUGUUUUCGGCAUCAUUCUCUGAUAUUUAUCUUUUUUUGUCUUCUUUAAACUUCCACCCUUCAAUUGCAUUUAUGAGUUUUAUUCCCUUUCAAGUAUUUUUCUUGAUCCUGUCUAAUUUUUUUUUUUUACCAAUGUAUUUGUCAUCACUUUUUUACAUUUUUAUUUUUCUCAUUUUGUCUAAAAUCGGUUUUACUUUUAGUCUUUUCUACUAUAUGUAAUAGUCUCGAAGUAAACACGCACUUCAGAUGUAAGAAUACUAAUACCUCAGAAAAGAAGGCUCUUUGCUAGAAUUAGCGGUAGAGGCCUGGUGUUUUCAUUAAUUUUUCCUCAAUGAAGACAUUUAGCAAUAUGAUUUAAACUAACUUCAGACCGAAAUAAAAUCAGAACUUAAAGAAUCAAAGCAAAUCAUAAGUUUUCUCUAUUUUUCAAGAGAACUAAUUCAUCGUCUCAUGUAGGAAGAAACGUAUCUUGAUUAUGCUUUUUGAGUAUCUCUAAGAAGACGUCAUUUUUUUCAUUUUUUGUGGGAGAAUCGUCCUAUGAAUUUGUCUGAAGAUUGCAGAAUCUUUUCCAACAAAAGUAAGAAAAAUUCACAAAAAUUUCAGACAUUCAUAUCAUUAAGUUCAUAUCAGUUUUCCUACAAAAAGAUAAAAUGUUAGUGUGAAAUACUGAAACAGCACAAUCAAGAUACAGAACCGCGUACGAGAGACAAUAUAUUACAUAAUUACAAUAAGUAGAAAGUAGAAAUUUUAAUUUUGAUGUCAAUGAGUAGCAAAUUAAUAUAAUGACAAAAAAAGCAAUGAUCUCUCCUUGUAGGUAGCUUCAGAUUUAAGAGUGUUCAGUUUUUGUGAUAAAAAAAGGAAAUGUAAAAUGUAAAAGACAAUUUCUAUUAAUGUUUUAGAAUUUUACUCAAUUCUUCAUUUUGUUAUUAUUUUCAAUAUUCAUAUCAGUCUACCAUUCUUUUUGCUAUGGUUCACUUAGCUUUAUUUUUUGUUAUGUACUCGUUGAUGUUAAAACUUGAGAGUGUUAUGAUUAUUUUUUUUAUAAUGUUUUUAAGUAAUUGAAAAGCAUUAGAUAUUGUAAAUAUUUUUAUUUAUUUUUUACCAUGUACAUCCAAUUGUCAUGUAAAUAUGUAAUAAUGUUUAUAGAAUUUCGACUAUUUUUUAUGAUCAUAUUUUUUCGCGAGGAGUAGUGAUUCACUUCUCUGAAUCUGACAGUUGAUCACACUCACCGCUUUCAUUUUUGUAGGCACAUCAUUCAUUGAUCAUUCUUGCAAAAAUGCAUAAACCUAUUUGUACAUAAAUUCAAAUUUGUAUAAUUUCUUCUGCACACACAGCUGGGUAUCACAAAAUCCUUUCCAUUACCUAUGGCGAUUGAUGUUGCUCUUAUGCAAUCUGUGGUUUCUGUGGUAAUCUGUGGUUAAAAUCUUAACUGUCUCUGAGUUAAAAUCAGGUUACAAAUGUCAUUCAAAAUUUUAGGUCCUUUGUUUGAUCCAUCCCGGACAGAGAAGAUAAAUUUUGUUAUCAAGGCAGAAAAUCAAGGAAUUGGGUGCUGGAUAAAUGUUUCACAUAUUUGACAUGGUGUUGUUUACAACCUAACUUAAGCACGAUGAGCUUAUAAAUUGAAACUUUUUGCGUGCUAAUUUUGAGAAAAGUUGGGUUGAUCAAUUAGGGAGCUUCAGUGCAAAAAAAUUAGGCACCUUUAGUGCUCUCAAGAUGUGGGGUUCCAAAACCGUUGGGGAGUGGUCUCAGUAAAAUUAAGUUUUCUCAUGAGCCUCACGACUACCUCAAAAAUCUUAGACUUGUUUCAAAAUUGAAAAUAUAGGUAACUAAGAAGUUUCUUUCGCAAAUUUGAUUUAUCUUGUUUUGUUUAUUAGGUACAAAAUAGGGAACUUUACUAUUUGACAACCCUCGUACUUCAAAGCAGCUCCUGUUACACUUUGCUCAAGUUGAAUCGUAAGAGCCAGAAAGUUUAAAGUUAAUUUUUAUCAUUUUGUCAAAUCAAAGAAAAGCAUUUCAUUGCUUCACCUGAAAAAUUAAUUUUAUAUUUUAAAACUAUCAGCCUCUUUGUUUCUUAUGCCAGUGAAUUAAAUGUUUUCUUAUGAAUGGAGCACAUGCUGUCAUCAAGU